AUGGGCUCUCAUUUCGCUUUGGGGUCUACUCCACCACGCUCCACAGAAGGUUUUUCUGUCUAUUCAGAAAUACAAAAUGACCACAAACAACAGCAUUCUGCUUCGUUGACCGACCAGACGAACCUCCUUCCGUUUAAAAAGGCUAUUGUAUGCUUCAUCGGUCUUGCUCUGUGCAUCUUAGUCUCGACAUUGGACUCUAUCAUCAUUGCUACCGGUAUUCCCACCAUCUCGGCGGCGUUUGACGCUGGCGCCGUUGCCUCAUGGGUCCCCACUGCGUACCUGCUCACGUCCACAAGCUUUCAACUAUUGUACGGCCGCUUGAGCGACAUUUUUGGUCGGAAGGCAGCUAUUUCCGUGGCUAUGCUCGUCUUCAUGGUCGGAAACCUGCUCGCUGGGUUCUCGAGGACCAUCAAGGAACUGAUUAUAUCUCGUGGUAUAGCAGGUGCUGGAGGAGGAGGAAUAAUCAGUAUGGCACAAAUUGUUAUUUCUGACAUUGUAAGCCUGCGGGAUAGGGGAAAAUAUCAAGGAAUUAUAGGUAUCGUCAUUGCUCUGGGGUACACUGUUGGGCCUCUAAUUGGGGGUUCUUUGGCACAGAACAUUAGUUGGAGAUGGUGUUUUUGGAUUUGUAUCCCGGUAGCUGGCUGUGCAACGUCAGUUGUCGUGUUUAUAUUACCGUUAAAGCCUGUUAAGGGGAGCAUGACGAGAAAACUUCUUGUGGUCGACUUUUUUGGUGCUGUUCUUACAUUGGUCGGAUGCACCCUCGUGAUAUUACCGCUCAUAUGGGGAGGUGUGACCUUUCCUUGGGGAUCUGCAUUUGUUCUAUCCCCUUUACUGUCAGGUUGUUUAGUAAUUGUGUUGUUUUGCAUCUGGGAAUGGAAAGGACCACGGUUGCCCAUUGUACCCAUGUACAUCUUUAAGUAUGCUACACUGACGGGUGUAUAUAUUACCAUGUUCAUCAAUGGAUUCGUUUUCUUCUCUUCCUUGUCAUACCUGCCGCAGUACUUCCAAGUCGCCUUGGGGUACGAUCCAAUCGGUGCUGGAAUACUUUUGAUCCCGCUCCUUGUCAGCCAAAUGGCUGUUAGUUGGAUCUCUGGAAUCAUUGUCAGCCAUACUGGCCGUUAUCGAAAUAUCAUUCACUCUGGAUUUAUUGUCUGGUCUAUUGCCUGCGGCCUGACAUCGACUUUUAACCGCCAUUCACAGAAAGCCGAGAUAAUUAUCUUUAUGCUUCUCGCAGGAAGUGGAGUUGGUCAAACUUUGCAAACUACCGUAGUUGCCGCUCAGGCCAGUGUUUCUCGGAGUGACAUGGCAGUGGUAACGGCCUUUCGUAAUUUUGUUCGUCUGUUAGGAGGAACACUAUCCCUUCCUGUAGGAGCGACUAUUCUAAACAACUCGCUACGAUCAGCAAUGUCCUCACUCGGUUACUCCAGUGAACUGAUCAUCGAAAUUAUUGAUAAGCCUGCGUUACUUUCCUCCCCGACCACACUUGGGAUAUCUCCUUCUGAUGCAACCUUUCUCCUGGAUGUGGGAUACACGAGAGGAUUUCGCAGAGUAUUCAUUUUUAACGCAGCUUUGACGGCAUUAGCGACCCUGGCCAGCGUAAUUCUGAUCAAGCACAAAGAGUUAAAUAGGGGGGACGAGAAUGAACUGGGACAUACAAGUGCUCUAUUCGUGAGCAAGAACGAGGUCAACCCCAGAGUGACUUUCGAGUUGGCCAAAGGCAAAGCUGCAAUAUAG